GAACGGCACCUACCCUUGGACGGAUGAUGCGUUCAUUGCCAAACGACAGGCUAAGUUUGGCAGCGCGACCUGGUGCAAGGAGCCUCUUUCCAUCUACGAGGUGCACUUGGGAAGUUGGACCAUGACAGCCAGUGCGAACUACCGGGAUAUCGCAGAGCCCCUGGCGAAACACGUGCAGGAACUGGGCUUCACGGCUGUGGAAUUCCUCCCGUUGUCACAGUAUCCCUGCGAGGAGUCUUGGGGCUACCAGUGCGCAGCCGGGCUUUUUGCUGUGGACAGGCGUCUUGGCACUCCCGACGACUUCCGCUACCUCGUGGACACGCUGCACAGCUACGGAAUCGCUGUGUUCAUGGACUUUGUUGGGGCACACUUUGCGAAGGACGAGUGGGGCUUGGUAAACUACAGCGGCAUGCCACAGUACGAGUACGAAGGUUCCAUGGGGCAGAUUCCCGG